AUGAGCCGAUGGCAUCUGAGCAUCUGCUCGGCGCCGGAUGUAUUCACCAAUGACGACUCAGUCCCUUGCUGUCGGUCUUGCGGGGAGUCAGCAAGGCCGGCUCUGGAAAAGGCUGAGGGCGAGCAGCUAGGCUUGGGCGCCCUUCCUGCUGUCCCUUUCGAUGAGUUGAGCGACCGUCUUAACCUCCGUUGGCCGCCCAUAGUGCCCUAUAAAAAGCCAGAAAGAGACGCCGGGCUCUCGACGCAGGCCUCGGAUGCGAGUACAGCCCAGCUAGCUGAAGAAAAUGAGGAAAAUUCCUUGUCGGCAUCAGUCGCUGAGUGGUCGCCCAUUUACGGUUCUACUCUUGGUUCGAAUCAAUUCAGGCUUGUCUGUCUUGAGGCUUUGGGCGACCGAAACCAACAGUCUUCCCGAGGUUUUGUCCACCUGUCUUUGGAGACCUAUGAACAUGACAACUGUCCCGAAUAUGAGACGGUCUCAUAUACGUGGGCAGGCGAGGAUGGAAACGGCACCUUGACUCGUCCUGUCUAUGUUGGGCCAUAUUGGGACAUAUUAUUCUCAACUAACAACUGCUGGGAGAUGCUCCAAUACUUGCGCCCCUGGCGAGGUAUAAGGAUGGUUUGGAUCGACGCUGUCUGCAUUAAUCAACAUAACACCAAGGAAAGAGAUGAGCAGGUUGCAAAGAUGGGGAAAAUAUACACCGAGUGCUCCAGAGCUGUCCUGUGGCUUGGAUAUGAUGUUGUCCAACCAUCACGCACACAUGCAUCACGCCAUCGACUCUACGAUCUGGAAUCGGCUCUUAUUGCACCCGUCGAUCCAAGUGGUGUUCAUGAGAAUCAACCAUCACUACAUUUGGGGCAUCUCCUAACUCGUCGAUACUUCAAGCGUGUGUGGGUUAUCCAGGAGCUCAUACUGUCUCGCCGGGUCAUCAUUCCCAUCCAUGACAUGAUUUUCUGGGCUGAUUCGGCUUUAAUGGAAAGAUGGAGUGUAGAGGGACCCAAGAAUUGGAAAUGGGAAGAUACGGGAGCUCCUUGGGUCCAAAAUAUUACACGCGGAGAGUUUCCCGCAGGAAAUGCUUUUGAGCUGGUAGCGAGAAUGUCCAGGUCACAGGCUUCUGAUGCAAGAGACCGAAUCUUCGGCGUCUUAGGUCUCUUGAAAGACGAAUCAACCAAGGGGCAACUUCUACCCGACUAUACGCGAUCACGCCAACAGAUAUUUGUUGGAUUCUUCGCCUACAGUAUGCUGGUUCUCUCACGGCUAGAGCUCCUUUUUCACGCCCGCUGCUGUGCCAGCAAUACAUUAACGCUGACUUGGGUGCCUAAAUGGGAAUCACAAGAAUCGUGGGAAUCGAUCUUCCACACGCAAGUGGAGGACAGAUUAGCCUGGGAGGACUUCGCAAGCUGGGCAAGGGGUAAGACAGAGGCGGUGUCGCAAGUCCCAAACUCUUCAGGGGCAAGCCCCUAUAUCAAGCUAAUGAAAUUCACGUCCAAGAACACGGUGACGAGUCUCUGGACUCAGGGUCACGAGAUUCUUCCCUAUGAGAAGCAUCCUCCCACGGUUCUAGAAUCCCGCCCUUGGAACUAUGACGCCAGUGUGAACUCUGAUACUGGCGCGUUGGCAAUUACACUGACAAGGUUAGUCGCCAUUACAUCAAAAGCCCGUCUUGUUGAUAAAUCCGGACACCUUGGAUUGUAUGAAAUCCCUCUCGACCGGACUGAAACACGCUGGCGGUGGAGGAGCAACCGAUAUUUCAAUUCACCGCGCUCCGCAAUAUAUCUAGCGACACGGGUAGAAUUGGACACAUUGAUUCAGCCAGACUUGGACGAGAUAUUUAUUCUACAGCCAGGAAAAUCCAAGUCGCUAGUCUAUCUCAUUCUACGCAAAACAUCUAAGGAGCGUCACUUCAAGCUAAUAGCGUGCUGUGCGAAUGUUUGUUUUGGCAUCGCAACCAAUAUCAAACUCCCCACCACAAUUUACCCUCUUGAGGCUCUACAGCAUGAUUUGUACAGGGACCUCAAGCAUGUUUCCCGAUUUCUGAACUCUCCCAUUGAUAAGUCUAUAUUUUACCCAUUCCUGGAACCGGAAUUGGUCAAGGCUCAGAUAUUCUUACCUUUCUUUCUCGACAUGGCCAGAGAGAAGAUCAACCAGGAUAUUAUGCCCUGCCCGGUUGCUCGGCCGUUUGCACAACUCUAUCUCAGUCUCAUUGACCAAGCGUAUUCUCCAAGCAUACAAUCUGGAUACGUCGAGCUGCAAUUCAAGCCCGAGUUGUGGGACAGCCGUAAUAUAAAAAUCCUGCAAAACCAAACAACCUGCCGCUGGGAGUGGACGAAGGACCGCAAGACCUGGAAGAGCAUGCAGGAUUUCCCCAUCUCCCGGGGCAUCCUGCGCAGACUCCCCCGGCCGGUUAUUCUGCGCUGCCUGGUGCGGGAGAUUCACGACAACUUCUUCUCGACUAUGGCAAAUGAAGUCUUGUACCAGUUGGAGGAUUUAUAUCGCUCAGGGCUGAUCGGGCUCAGUGAUGCAGAGGUCGAAGCAAGGCUCAAGGCCGGCCCGAGGACUGAAGAGCGGUUCGUGGCGACUCCUUUCCAUGAGUGUAAAGACUUCUCCCUCGACCGAGCCGAUAUCAAGCAACGAUAUAGCGAGGAUGCAUAUCUUCCAAAUCAGUUAGGGGUAGAUGGGAGCACGUAUCAAGUCCACAUCUUGUAG